AUGUCAGUAAAAAUAGGAUUGGUGAAAUGUUUAAAUGACAGAGCACAAAAAUUAAGUAGUACCAAAGAAAAUCUAAAACAGGAACUAGCACACAUAAAAGAAGCCUUAAAACUUAAUAAUUACCCGGAUAAAUUAGUCAGGAAAUAUGUAAAGAAAAGUAAAAAUAAAAUAAAUAAUGAUAGUAGUGAUAGUGAUAAUAACAAUAAUAAUGAUAGUGAUAAUAAUAAUAAUAUUAAUGACGACACCAACAAUAAAGAAUCUAAAUCAUCAGUAGUAAUUCCAUACAAGGAAGGAACCUCGGAAGCCUUACGCAGAAUUCUUAACAAGGCAGGAAUAAAAACGGCAUUCAAACCCACAAACUCAAUUAGAAACAAGCUUUGUCGGCUAAAGGAUCCUGUAGAGCCUUUAAAACAAAACAAUUUAGUUUAUCUAAUACCCUGCAAUGAUUGUCAGGUCAAAUACAUAGGUCAAACUAGUAGAACAGGGGCAGUCAGACUAGCUGAACAUAAAAACUUAGCAAAAUCUAGAUUGGUUGACCCGAAUAAGAUAAGAAAUCUAGAGAAUAGUUCAGCUAUAGCACUACAUGCAGUCACACACAACCAUACAAUAGGAUGGGAUAGGAUGACAGUUUUAAAAUCUAAUGUCACAGGGUAUAGGGAGAGAUUGAUAACAGAAGCUUUGUUUAUCGAAUCAACUACAAAUACAUGUAAUAGGAAUGAUUCAUCACCUGUCCCCGAUAUUUGGAAAAUUCUACUACCCAUACGACGAAUAGGAGAGAACAAAGAAAACUAUAAAACUCAAGUGUCAAAGUCGUGUGAUCACAAUUGA